AUCGCUCUUCUGUCAUUUUCCUGGGAGAGCUGCGGUUGCUGGGGAAGCGAGUCACAGAGGCGGGACGAGGGUGGGGCCGGGGAGCCAGGUGAGAGCAGAGUGCUGGGAGCCAGGCUUGGGGUCGCAGGAGUCACUGGGGCUGGGAAGGGCGAGGGAAGCGAGAGGAAGAGGAGGAUCAGGAUGGUGAAGUCUCUCGGCCAGGGCCCCCAUGGCGCUCCCUGUGCCUGGCCUGACUGUCCUCCUCCUCCUGGGAACCACCCUCACCCUGAACCCUGAGGACCCCAAUGUGUGCAGCCACUGGGAGAGCUACGCCGUCACUGUCCAGGAGUCGUACGCGCACCCGUUCGACCAGAUCUACUACACACGCUGCACAGACAUCCUGAACUGGUUCAAGUGCACCCGGCACCGGAUCAGUUAUAAGACGGCGUAUCGGCGCGGCCUCAGGACCAUGUACCGGCGCCGGUCCCAGUGCUGCCCCGGCUACUACGAGAAUGGUGACUUCUGCAUACCCCUGUGUACGGAGGAGUGUGUGCACGGCCGCUGUGUGUCCCCCGACACCUGCCACUGCGAGCCUGGCUGGGGAGGCCCUGACUGCUCGAGCGGCUGUGACGGCGACCACUGGGGCCCCCACUGCAGCAACCGGUGCCAGUGCCAGAACGGCGCCCUGUGCAACCCCAUCACCGGCGCCUGCGUGUGUGCCGCCGGCUUCCGCGGCUGCGACCCCAGCACUGGCGAGUGCCUCUGCGCGCCCGGCUACACCGGCGUCUACUGUGAGGAGCUGUGCCCCCCCGGAAGCCAUGGUGCUCACUGUGAGCUGCGCUGUCCCUGCCAGAAUGGGGGCACCUGCCACCACAUCACUGGCGAGUGCGCCUGCCCCCCAGGAUGGAUGGGAGCGGUGUGUGCCCAGCCCUGCCCACCAGGGACGUUUGGCCAGAACUGCAGCCAUGACUGUCCCUGCCACCAUGGAGGACAGUGUGAUCAUGUGACUGGACAGUGCCACUGCACAGCCGGAUACAUGGGGGACAGGUGCCAAGAGGAGUGCCCCUUGGGGACCUUCGGUUUCCAGUGCUCGCAGCGCUGUGAUUGCCACAACGGAGGCCAGUGUUCGCCCACCACGGGUGCCUGCGAGUGCGGCCCUGGGUACAAGGGCCCCCGCUGCCGGGAGCGGCUGUGUCCCGAGGGCCUGUAUGGCCCAGGCUGCUCCUUGCCUUGCCCCUGUGACAGCGACAACACCAUGAGCUGCCACCCAGUAACUGGAGCUUGCACUUGCCAGCCAGGCUGGUCCGGCCACCACUGCAACGAGUCUUGCCCUGCAGGCUACUACGGCGAUGGCUGCCAGCUGCUUUGCUCGUGCCAGAACGGCGCCGACUGUCACAGCAUCACGGGGGGCUGCACCUGCACCCCUGGCUUCAUGGGAGAGGUCUGUGCUGUGCCCUGUUCCUCGGGGACCUAUGGGCCCAACUGCUCAUCUGUCUGCAGCUGUCGCAACGGUGGCACCUGCUCCCCGGUAGACGGCUCCUGCACCUGCAAGGAAGGAUGGCAGGGUCUGGACUGCGCCCUGCCAUGUCCCAGUGGGAUGUGGGGUCUGAACUGCAACGAGACCUGUGCCUGCGCCAACGGGGCAGCCUGCAGCCCUGCAGAUGGUGCCUGCACCUGCACCCCAGGCUGGCUGGGGGACACCUGUGAGCUGCCCUGCCCGGAUGGCACAUUUGGGCUGAACUGCAGCGAACGCUGUGACUGCAGCCACGCCAACGGCUGUGAUCCUGUCACAGGCCACUGCUGCUGCCUGGCCGGAUGGACAGGCAUCCGCUGCGACAGCACGUGUCCACCUGGCCGCUGGGGCCCCAACUGCUCUGUGUCCUGCAGCUGUGAGAAUGGUGGAUCCUGCUCUCCUGAGGAUGGGAGCUGCGAGUGUGCCCCUGGCUUCCGAGGACCCUUGUGCCAGAGAAUCUGCCCCCCUGGCUUCUAUGGACACAGCUGUGCCCAGCCUUGCCCCCUGUGUGUGCACAGUGGCGGACCUUGCCACCACAUCAGCGGCCUCUGUGAGUGCCUCCCGGGGUUCUCUGGAGCCCUGUGCAACCAAGUGUGUGCUGGAGGACACUUUGGGCAGGACUGUGCCCAGCUCUGCUCGUGUGCCAACAAUGGGACCUGCAGCCCCAUCGACGGCUCCUGCCAGUGCUUCCCCGGAUGGAUUGGCAAGGACUGCUCCCAGGCAUGCCCACCAGGGUUCUGGGGCUCUGCCUGCUUCCACACCUGCAGCUGCCACAACGGGGCGAGCUGCAGCGCUGAGGACGGGGCCUGCCGCUGCACCCCAGGCUGGACUGGACUCUUCUGCACACAGCGCUGCCCAGCAGCAUUUUUUGGGAAGGACUGCGGGCGUGUGUGCCAGUGUCAGAAUGGCGCCAGCUGUGACCACAUCAGUGGCAAGUGCACCUGCCGCACAGGCUUCACUGGACGCCAUUGUGAACAGAGAUGUGCCCCAGGAACCUUUGGCUAUGGAUGUCAGCAGCUGUGUGAGUGCAUGAACAAUGCCACCUGUGACCACGUCACUGGCACUUGUUACUGCAGCCCUGGAUUCAAAGGCAUCAGGUGUGACCAAGCUGCCCUCAUGAUGGAGGAGCUGAAUCCCUACACCAAGAUCAGCCCAGCCCUGGGUGCAGAGCGGCAUUCGGUGGGCGCCGUCACGGGUAUCGUCCUUCUGCUGUUCCUCAUGCUGGUUCUGCUGGGCUUGUUUGCCUGGCGCCGGCGCCGGCACCAAGAGAAAGGCCAAGACCUGGCUCCCCGUGUCUCCUACACCCCUGCCAUGCGGAUGACCAGCACUGACUACUCCCUCUCAGAUUUGUCUCAAAGUAGCAGCCACGCCCAGUGCUUUUCCAAUUCCAGCUACCACACACUGGCGUGCAGGGGGCCUGCUACCAGCCAGGCCAGCACUCUGGACAGGAACAGCCCCACCAAGCUCAGUAACAAGUCCCUUGACAGAGACACAGCAGGCUGGACCCCUUACAGCUAUGUGAACGUGUUAGACUCCCAUUUCCAGAUCAGUGCCCUGGAAGCCAGGUACCCGCCCGAGGACUUCUACAUUGAACUUAGACACCUCAGCCGCCCCGCUGAGCCACACUCACCAGGUGCUUGUGGAAUGGAUAGACGUCAGAACACAUACAUUAUGGACAAAGACUUCAAAGAUUACAUGAAAGAAUCCGUGUGCAGCUCCAGUACUUGUUCCUUGAAUAGCAGUGAAAACCCUUAUGCCACAAUUAAGGAUCCACCCAUCCUCACCUGCAAGCUUCCAGAGAGCAGCUACGUAGAAAUGAAGUCGCCUGUGCACAGGGGGUCUCCGUAUACAGAUGUGCCAUCCUUGUCGACAUCUAAUAAAAAUAUAUAUGAAGUUGAGCCCACAGUCAAUGUGGUCCAAGAAGGCCGCGGUCAUAACUCCAGCUAUAUCCAGAAUCCAUACGCCAUUCCUAGGAACAGCUAUAUUCCUGGUCAUUAUGACCUCCUCCCAGUAAGACAAACCCCUACCAACGGGCCCUCCCACGACAAGCAGUCGUAAGAGGGAUAAGCUUCUCUCUUGCAGUGUGCUCUGCUGAACACUCUUGACUCUCUGAAGAGGAUAAUCCCUUGACUUAAAAUGAUACAGACUGGCUCCAGCUGCCUAUUAGUUAUUACAUUCACCUGGAACUAAAGAAGAGCUUCCAAGUGGGACUCUGGUAACUGUUCAAAGAAGUCUGUACACAAAGGCAAAUCCUACCACCCACCCAUCCCCCAGGCCCAAAUGUCCUGGAUUAUAUGAUUUCUAAAACAUUUAAGAUACCGCUACUCAUCAACAUCAGCUAAAAUAUAUGUAUUUAAUAUUCUGAAAUAUGAUGCUUAAAAAGCACGUAGAAUAGCAAACCUUCCUAGGAGACAAAAGGGCCUUGGGAGGGGAGUGGGUUAUUUUAAAGCACCUGAAAUGUAUAUGUACUUUUGGUUACUGUUACUAUCGACAUCUGUUUCACUGCUAAUUAGUACACAUACUUGAACUGUUCCAGCAUCAGUCCUAAAGUACCUGUACCUAUAUGCCUGGCCCACUGAAUUACAAUGGCCAAGAUUACAGAAUUUAGUCUACCUAAUGCUGACAAGCUCCAUUUUUUAAAUACAAGACUUUAAUAAAAAUCAACUUUUUCUCUUCUGCCUUGUGAGUGAUAAUAGGCCCAAAAAAUGAAGAAAGAAAAAAGAAAGUUUCCAAACUGCAGUAGUCUCUUUCAGUCUAGACUGAUAUCUGGGUCAGCUUAACCAAAUUUUGCCAAUUCAAAUCGCCAGAACAAUGGAAGUUAGUCCUGAUCUUAAUCUAUCUGACACCUGAGUCAUUCCAUGUGAAAUAGGAAAUAGGGCAUGGAGAUGAUGCUUUAUUAAGUAGUCAUUACCUGGCUCUAAAACCAUUUGGCCUCCCUAGUUUUAGUUGGGACCCCCUGACUGAGAAAAUAGUUGCUAUAAAUCUUAAGUUUGAUGUAUUAUGGAACCAAAAAGUAUAAAGGAAGUGAGACAAAUGUGGAUACACCAAGUUUAUGUUACCAUCCCUUAUGCUUUUUGAUGGGAAAUGACACUGAUGAUCAUAGAGAGUGGACUGUAACCAGCUGCUGUCAAUUGAUAUAAAGACUUCACAGCAAACAGCACAAAAGGAUAUGCAGUGCUUAAAACCACAUUCCAAGAUGGCCAAAUAUGUUUUCCAGAUCCCAGUGUUCUGAUGGCCUAUAUCUUCCAUUACUAAUGAACAUAUGUAAAUGAGGCUUGGACGAUGCCAAAUGGAGCCAAGCCCUGCAGAGGACCUCUUCACAAGAAUUAAAACGGCAAACCAUGGAAGCGAACGGCCACAUUGGUGCCACUGCAUUCUGGUCAUAGACCAGCCACUUAAAAACACUUCUAAAAAAGGUAUAGAGAAGAGGAACUAAGUGACUGCAAAGCUGGAAUACUGCUACGGGAAGUGUGAGAGUUCUGAAACCCUUGUUACAAAUUGGAAGUCAGCCACAGAAUCCAUUAGUUUGGGCAACAGCAAAAGCAAGAACAUUAAUGAGGAAACCCCACUCCUCUAUUUCACCCAAGGCAUAAGCAAAUUUUAGUGUUAAGAGGAAAAUACACAAUACUUACACGAAUGCUGCAUGUGUGCAUGGGAGCGAGCGAUCAACAAAGUAAACUGACUUUCAAAAAAAGCCUUAUUAAAAUAUAAAUAAAUAAUAGAAAAUUACUUGUAGGCCCAAAUAAAUACUUCUCAUAUAUAUGUAGAAAGAACAGAGAUAAGAGACUUACCUCAGUAUUUCAGGGCCACAAGUGUUCAUUUGUUUUUAUGAAGCAAGGAGGAGCAAGCAUGGCAAAGUCAGAUCAGCAAAGAGAAACUUCAUCUCAAUCCGAGGUUUUAUCUUCUUCUUUUACCCUGCAUGCACAAUAACUGCUACCUGGCCAGCUGCAAACAAGAAGCAUCACUCGAAUUUCAAGUCUCACCCAUCUUCUGCCACCUACCCUUUGGGCAAAGGUAUCCAGUAAGAGGUGAAAUGGCUAGAACACCGAGUCAAGGGAUUCUGGGGUUACUCUUAGCGAGUGACUGGCCCUCUUUGGGCUCCUUUAUUCCCCUUGCCUAAAAAAAGGAAGCAGAAAGUGUGGAAGGGAGCUCCAACAACUCUUCAGCUCUAGCAUUCCAUGACUUUUUAAAGCAAUGUAAUACAACUCAAAGCAGACAAUACAGAGAAGGGAAGGGCAAAGGAUGUGAAUGACCUAUGGUGAUAACAGCUGCCUUCACAUAUCUAAAGAGUUACUGGUAAAAGACAGUCAAUCUUACAGAGCAACUGUGAGAAACUGCUGUCUAGCACUGUCAAAAACAAGUUCGAGGUCAGCUUACACAUACAUGUGCACUGUGUAUUUUAUUGGUGACUUGGAAAGAUGUUUGAUAUUUUUCAGAAAUUAACUUUUCAAUCAAAUUGAUAGGCAUACAAUUCAGAAAAUAAAGCAAGCAAAUGCAUAAGAGCAUAAGAGACUAUGAAAAGGCAAUACUUUUUUUAAACUGCAGAUUUGUAAUAUAUUUGUUCACUGUGCAGAGGGAUUGUACCUUGUACGAAAUAAAAUGAAUUUCUCAAACUAACUGACCAAGAAUGCUUACUGUUGCACUGCAAACUGAGAACAUGUCUACCAUCUACACUUCAGGGUUUUAGGUUUAUUUUGUGUGGUCACUUUAAGCAGCUAGAAGAGAGAAUUAUGCCAAUGUAU